CAUCCGGCUUCGAGUACAUCAGCUGUGUUCAUCACAUCAAACUCUGGAUGCCUUUUCAAGCAGGAGAGAUCCAAACUCAAGCCUAUAGCUGAGGGUGACCCUCUGACAUGCGGAUGAAGAAACACGUCUUACUACUCUUCACAUACAGAGGUUUACUAAGCAAAGGAAAAAAGAAUAAAAGAAGAAAAUGGCCAAGUUUAUAUUACGGAAAGCCGAGCCCAAAGACGUCUCCGAUAUACUGCGACUCAUAAAGGAACUUGCAAAGUAUGAAGAAAUGGAGAAUCAAGUUAUUCUAACAGAAGAAGAUCUCCUGGAGGACGGUUUUGGAGAUCAUCCGUUUUAUCACUGUAUAGUGGCUGAAGUGGCCAAAGAGCAUCAGACCGCUGAUGGUCAUGCGAUCAUUGGCUUUGCCAUGUAUUAUUUCACCUAUGACCCCUGGAUUGGGAAGCUGCUCUACUUGGAAGACUUCUAUGUCAUGAAGGAUUUUAGAGGAUUUGGAAUUGGUUCUGAAAUCCUGAAGAAACUGAGUCAGACGGCAGUAAAGACGCGCUGCAGUAGUAUGCACUUCAUCGUGGCGGAGUGGAACAAACCCUCCAUCGACUUCUACAAGCGGCGCGGAGCUUCAGAUCUCUCUCUGGAAGAAGGAUGGAGGCUCUUCAAGAUCGACAAACAGAAUCUGAUGAAGAUGAUGGAUGAGGAGUAAACAUGAGAAGAUGUUUCAGGGUUGUUCAGUUGGAGGGUUUUCCAUAAAAUUCCAUAUAAAGCAUUGUGUGUUGUGUUUUAAUAUAACUUCAACAUGGUUUAAAGUGAUGCAUUAAAGAUUUUUACAAAUGCAUUCAUUUAUUGCAGUGGACAGAUGUGUAAUUCUCUACAAAUAUUAGUAUAGUGAUAAAAACAACCGUUAAAUAAUUUAUGAAUCAGAUGCUUUCUAUUUGGUUUAAUGUCUUUAAUAAAUCUUUUUAAAUUAAAAAGGAAACAAUAAAAAUGUUUUAUGUCGUA